UCAUUUUUAAUUAGGAACUAUUUCUCUAUUUACAAACGAGAUAGCUUAAGCAAUUUUUUAAAAAUCAAGCAGCACUGUAAAUGUCGUAUGCCAGAUAUUAACUAACUGUACGUGCUGUCAUUGAGUACACUUACUAAAGUGUAAACUAAUUCUAAUUUAUUAAAAAAUGUACAUUUUCCAAGGUUUACACAAAGCACUGAUAAACAUACACAAGAUGGCGCAAGGAGCGAGAAGGGCAUUAUUGGCUACGCUCAUGGUCACCGUUGUCGUCGUUCCGCACUUUACAGCACAACCACCAAGCGUGGAUAAAUCAAUUGAAAAGGAUCGUACAAACAGACAAUCUGCGAUCAAGGCGGGUCGACAAGUAGCCACAACUCCAAAGUGGGGAUUCUUCGGAACCAUAUUUCAUCUGAUUUUAGAGCAAAUCAAUGACACCAAAAGUGCAUACAAUCAGAUAAAUGAAGAAGUCAACAGUAGAUUUUCUAACGACAAUUCUCUAAAAAAGAUGCCUCAAGCAGCUACUAAUGGGUCCACUGAGGCGCCUAAAUUAUCUCGGACAGAAUUUUUGAAAGUACUCGACAGAAAUCUCAAAGGUCUCGCUCGUCUUCGAAACCUUGAAUGGCGGGAAGCUAAAAAGGAUACAUUAACUAAUUUAAGAGGAUACAAGGAUGAAAUAUUCAGAGGCAAAAAUAAUGCAAAAACAAAAUAAAAAUUUAUUAGCAGUUUAUAUUUUCAUGACAAGACUGUGGUUUUAUACAUAUUCUUUAUGUAUUAUUUAUUGAGGUCUAUUGUUAUAUAUUUGUUGUAAGAUUAUAUGUCCUCUUAAUUGUGUGUGUAUGUUACCUUUACGGAACGACUGCCAUCUUUAGAGUAUAGCUGUAAAAUGGAAACAAGACAAUAAAGAAUUUUAAUUGUAACAUUUAGUUUUCUGUGUUCCUGUGCCUAACCUUAUCUGUUUUACUGUACAGUGUA